UGUCAGUCAAUAGCGUGGACAGAUUAUAUAAGUGUGAUAUAAUUUUUCUGAUAAAGUACACGUGUCAUCAAAAUUUACAAUUAUUGAUGUGUAACAACAUAUAAUGGAAUUUUUAACAUUAAUAUAUCUCAUAUAUAUUAUAUUUGUGAAUAGUGGGGUUUCUCAACGACAACCUGUGGUAUCAACAGAUUGUGGUCCUGUGUUAGGAAUUAAUUCCACAGCCUUCGUAUUCAAGGGAAUAGCAUAUGCCGUUCCACCAGUACGUGAUCUACGAUGGACUCCUCCACAGGCCCUGAGAAAAACUGGUGGAACAUGUUGGGCAGGAACAUUCAAUGCAUCAACAUUUGGAAACACGUGCAUACAACGAAAUGAAUACAAUCAAAGUGAAAUUAUAGGUAGUGAGGACUGUCUCUAUCUCAAUGUAUGGACGCCGACGCUAAACACCAGCGCUAAUUUACCAGUCAUGGUGUGGAUACACGGUGGAAGUUUGCAGUUAUCAAAUGGAAACAGGCCGACUUUUAGCCCAACUGCAAAGCUUGCAAACUCAACAAACGUCGUUUAUGUUAGCAUGAACUAUCGUCUUCAUGCCUUCGGUUUUAUGGCUUUGGAUAUUUUGACAGCGCGAUCGGCACAUAAAACCUCUGGAAAUUAUGGAUUCAUGGAUCAGCAACUUGCACUUCAAUGGGUGCAACGGAACAUCAAAAACUUUGGCGGGAACCCUAAUUUGGUUACCGUAUUUGGUCAGAGUUCAGGCGGAACUAGCAUUAUAGGUCUUCUAGCAUCUCCAUUGUCAAAGGGACUAUUUCAUCGCGCAUGGAUGAUGAGUGCGUCACCUGUUUAUAAUAAAACCCUAGAGGAUGCAUCUAAAGAUAAUUUAGUGUUUCUAAAAAACACAGGCUGUUCAGAUACAAAGUGUCUGGUGAAUGUACCAGCAAAUGAAAUUAUUCAUGCAGUUCCAUGGAACGUCUAUCCUUUUUGGGCUAUGUCGGAUCAAAUGGACUUGCCAUUACGUAACUACUUUGAUGGGGCUAUUUGUAUUGUGGAUGGAUAUGUUGUACCCGAACCACCGUUUGAAAUGUGGAAGCAGGGAAAAGGGAUAGACGUCCCCGUUAUUGUUGGUACAACCAGUCAGGAAACAGACCUUCAUCCAUCACAUUCAGAUAUAAACAGUUGGACAUGGGAUACCUAUCACAAAUACGUCCACACGUAUCUCGACACUUUUCCUGGAAACAUUUCUACCGAAGCUUUAGCCCUGUAUCCAGAUGGUGUAGAAAGCGAAGAAUACCAAUACACAUCGAUGACGUCAGAUUUAAGAGUAACCUGUCCCAAUAAUAUCAUGUCAGAUAUACUCAGUAAAUACUUCAAAUCUCCAGUUUAUAGAUACGUUCUUACUAUUUGGCCAUCCCAGCCCGUCAAUGUAAUGGGUAUACCAUACAAGGCUAAGUACGCAUGUCACAUGUGGGACGCCAUUGGAUUUUUUGGCUCCAUCAGCAGCUACUAUAAACCUACGGAAGGUGAUCAAAGCUUUGAAAAAUCGAUUCAGAAAGAAAUGGUCCAUUUUGCCACUACAGGAAAAUUAUAUACACAAAGCUGGAAAACUUAUCCAACAAGCACUGGUCUUCUGACUACGAACGUGACAGUUGUGUCGUCUUAUCAUGCUAAAAUGUGUACUUUUUGGAAGGACAACGAUUUUUUCCGCUACGCCUGGAUAAACUAAAAAAAAAUCUUAUUUCAGUAUCUACUUUCUAUUAUUAAAUAAAAUGAUCAAAUAUA